CCCCUCCUUCUCUUGUUUAUGCACGAUGUGAGCGAGGGUUCUGGAUUCGCGCGUGAUCGCGAGUCCAUUCUUGCCAUUCUCGUGUAACGUCUUGUAGCGUUAGGUGCUCCGGGAGAAUCGGAGACACGUGUUUACGUAGAUUUUGUCCAUGUUACGCGAUACAGCAAAACGACAAUUUAACAACGCGUAACGUCCGAAAGUGUUAUUUUAUCUUACGAGUUUUAAGCACGUCGACUGAUUCCGUAGCAAAGAGAAUCGUAUUUGUACAUUACGUAAAUCGCGGUAUACGAGGGAACACGGAGUUUUCGCACGUCAUUCAAGUCAACGUCGCUGCUGCGUGCAUUUACUUCGAGUGUCUUUUAACCCUACAAGUGGUCGAAGAUGUGCUGGAAAAGCGGAGGAGAGGAAGAAUAUUAGCACGAGGAACGGUGCCGAGAAGCGGCGGCGGCGGUGAUAUUCGAGGGAUAGGAUGGUCUUGCAAAAAAUCAGCUAUGACUUGGUUAAAGGUUUCCGACAUGUGCACGCGAGAACGAGCGAGUCUUGCGGCAACAAGAGCUUCCGUCGAUUGUACAUGGCACUGCCGCGGCUUACGCCGCAGGAGGUCACAAACGUUCUACAGGCCAAUGAGUAUACCAAAGAAUUUUCCAGCUCGGGCUCCAUAAAAUACUACGACUCUAAUCAAUUGGCGUCAAAUAAUCCUAUAGAAGAUACGAGAUCCGAGGCUCAAUGUUUGCUAACUAAAGGUGUGUUAUUGGGAGUUUUUGAUGGUCACGGUGGCGGCGCCUGCGCCCAAGUGGUAUCCAAAAGGCUGUUUCAUUAUAUAUCGGCAUGUCUCUUACCACCAAAAUUGCUGGAGCAAUACUUGAAUUCUAUUGGUACGGACAAAAAAUUAAACUUACUCGAGACCUUCAACGAUAAAGUGGACUUUGUAGCCGAGAUCAGAGAUCUUUAUCAAGCGAGCUUCUUGAGUUUCGUAAGAGACUUGAUGCAAUUGGAUACUAAAAAGGAAUUUCAAAUGGAAAAGGCUUUGGAAAAUGCGUUUCUUAGAUUAGACAACGACCUAUCGAACGAAGCUUUGUUGCAGUUAAAUAAGAAAGAUGCCGCAAGGACUCUUGCUGUCGCAAUGUCGGGUACGGUAGCUGUUGUGGCGCACAUAGACGGUCCUCAUCUACAUGUCGCUGGUGUUGGUGAUUGUAAAGCCGUCUUAGGAGUACUCUCGGAAAACGAUGGAUGGUCGGCUAAAAUGAUGACGGUGGAGCAUAACGUCGACAAUCGCACGGAAGUGGAGAGAAUCUUGUCGGAGCAUCCGUCAAACGAGAGAUCGACUGUAAUUAAAAUGGAAAGGCUGCUCGGACAAUUGGCGCCGCUCCGCUCGUUAGGUGAUUUUCGCUACAAAUGGACUAAGAACGUUAUGAAGAAAGUCGUGGUGCCGUUCCUCGGCGAGUCGGCGAUACCUCCGAAUUAUCAUACGCCGCCCUAUCUGACGGCCAAUCCGGAGGUCAGGUAUCACAGGCUAACGCCGAGGGACAAAUUUCUCAUAUUGGCCAGUGACGGACUGUGGGACCUGAUUUCACCGUUGCAAGCUGUGCGCUUGGUGGGUGAGCACAUGAGCGGCAAGGUUACGCUCAAUCCAUUGAGAUUACCCCGUAAAAAUAUGAAAUUGUCCGACAUAAAUGAGAUGUUGCUGCAACGCAAGGAGGGCCUGAAGAAGAAGCCCCUCGACAGCAACGCGGCGACGCAUUUACUGAGGAACGCUCUGGGCGGCACGGAAUACGGGAUAGAUCACGCCAAAUUGUCGCAGUUGUUGACUCUGCCGAGCGAAGUGGUGCGGAUAUUUCGCGACGACAUCACCAUAACGGUCGUUUACAUGGAUUCAGAAUUUUUAAGGCACUGUCCUCCCUAAAGCUGUCGCAAUUUUUUGACUAUUUUUCAAUACUGGUGUGUAUAUAUCAGUAUACAGCUUGUUAUUUAUUUAGUUAACAAUAAAAACAAUUUACAUGAAAA